CAAAUUUUAUGUAUCCAAUGUAUUAGCACAUUGAUUUUUCUGAUAAAUUUUACGCAAUACUGAAACAAAUUCAAUCCAAUAUAAUUGCAUGUUCUAAAUGAACAAUUAUUAUUGAUUGAUCCUUGUAUUCAACAAUAUUUACAAAUUAAAACUUACAUUCCAAUUAAUUAUUAUUGAUCCAACCCACUGGUGCACACACAGACAAUUAUACACGCACUGAAUUAACUUAGGGAGCCACUACCCACGUUAUAUUCAUAAUAGGGUUCCAGACUAAUAAGUACAUUCAUAAUUAUCAUGCUCGUUUUCGAAAUAAAUACAAAAAAAAUUAAUUGUACUAAUUAAGCAGUAACAAAUUUCUCUUUAUGCUAAAUAUAAUUCAGUGGUGCUUUUAUUAGCACUUUUGUGCGUCAUAUUGGAAAUAAUUCUGGAAAUAUUCCAAAGAAAAAAAUCUGUAUAAAAGUACCUACCUUUCAAGAAAAAAUCUAUAAUUAUUGAUUUAAAAUCACUAAAACACAUUGUAAAGUCACUUAACACACUGAUUUUAUUUUAUUUUUUUACUGUUAUGUAUUAUCAAAAGUAGGUACUUGUUCCGUUUAGCAGAUAACUAAAUUGAUUUAAUAAGGAGAAACUACUAAGUACUAUCAAAUUUUAAGUGCUAUGCUAUUGUUAUUUACAGAAUUUCAUUUCACGAGAUAAACCAGAAACAUAAUUAAAAUCAAAACAAAUAAUACAAUAAAAUCAGCAAACAUAAUAAAACCAAAAUCUACAUACCUUUAUAGUUACUUAAAUAAUUUAUAAUGACUUCAAGAUGAUUUAGCAAAAGCUCGUCUGAUAAAAUUUAAUUUAUAAUCGACGUAGGUAUAAAUUCAGUCCGCGUCCAAGUUUGCCUGAAACGAAUCUGGCUGAAAAUACGAAAAAAAAAAAAAAAAUUAUCAGGUCUUUCAGCUUAGUAUUUUUACCUUCUCCACAGUGGUACGGAGUAACGACUGCCAAUAUUUUGCAUAGUUCGGUAUAAUGCGCGAACGCGAAAUGGGAAUAUGCAAUAAAGCGCACAUCGGUACUAUUGGUUUUCUAUUGCGGUAUAUACUAUCUAUUUUUUUUCGCAAUAAUUUUGUUGAUAAAAGUAUUUUGCCACAGAAAUUCGUAUUGUAAAACGAAACUGAUGUUUAUCAAAUAAGCUUUGCAAAUAUUGCUUUUAGCAUUCAAGCCUGUGGUACCUGUUAUAAAUAAAUAAUACAGGGCAACAAUUCCAUAUUUAUAAACCUAAAAAAAGAAAACAACCGCAAAACUAGUUUGUAAGCUUUCUUGUACUUUUUUUAUUAGUACCACUUGUAACAGCAACGCCAUCUCUUAUAAAGAUUGUCCAACUUAUGGCAGUACCAUGUGUUCCACAUUUAAACGAAAUUCCCUAGAUGUCGCACAUAGUCUUUCAGAUUUCGAAUUUUUUUUUUGGUACCAAAAUCUCAAAGUACACGCUCGUUAUCAAUCAACAUUCAUCAUUGAUGAUGAUGUCCCUCUAAAAACCUAAAUGCAUUGUUUACAAUACCGGGAUCAUAGGUCGCAUUGAUAAGACAUCCACAAAUAAGCUGUAGGCUGGUAGCUGCCCAAUUGCAAUCGAAGUUUUUGUUAUUAUUGAAAAUAUUUUAUUAGGCAGUCAUUCUUGAAGACAAUGAUCGUUAAUAUUAAGUUUUAUUAGUAGUGAAAAAAUGUUGGACUUUUUUGUGACUUUAUCCUUGUUUAAUUUAACUCUAGUUUGCAUACCAGUGUUGGUACUAAGUUUCUUUGGCCUAAAGCUUCUCCAAUCCAUAUGGAUAAGCUGCAUAUCGCUCCUCCAUCCUGAUGUCGAAUUCAUCAAUUACUCAACAAUAAGGACUUUGUUGGACACUCACAGAAAUCAAGGCAUCAUAUCGGUUCUUUUAUCGGUUAGAGGCAAAGAGAAUCCGGAAGCUAUCAAAAGACACUUGCAGGAACUGGUUAGGAGACGAGACAAGGCCGGAAAUUUGGCUUUUCCUCGAUUGCAACAACGUUUGACUACAAGAUGUGGUACUUAUGCUUGGCAAAGGACCAAAUUCGAUUUGGAACAGCAAGUUAGUUUGGCCAAGUUUACUUACAAGGGACGAGCUGUCACUGAAUUCAAUAUACAGGAAUAUGUUUGUGAAAUUAUAUCCAAAUAUUUACCUACCGACACAUCACCAUGGCAAGUCAUCAUAAUUCCAACCUCUGAAGAUAAUCACUACAUCCUCUACAAAAUCCACCACAUCCUCCUCAGCGAAGGAGUAAACGUUGGUGAUUUACUACCUUUGAUACCACCCACUAGACAAUCACCGGGAACCAACCCAUCAAAAAGCCCAAUAGUAGACGUACUGCACAAACCUAUAGCCAUAGCCACGUUGAAGGACAAAAUCACAGAUGAAAUUUCCAACUUUUGGAACGAGUUUAUCAGCAGUUACGAGCCUCUGGAAAAACCAGAGCUUCUCAAAGAUACUCCUACGAUAACUCAAUUUUUAGCGAUAACUGUCAUAACGAUUAUUUCAACUGUAAAGGAAUGUAGAAGAGGAUUUCGCGUUAUUAAGCCUGACUUAAUUUCGAAAUUUCGUUAUUGCUGGAUGACAGCUUGCAACGAAAAAAAUAAACGUCACGUAUCUCUAGUACACUUUUUUUGGUCUAUAAUAAAAUCACUUAGUCCAAAAAACCUUAUGGUUGUACUAUUUCAAAAUUUCUGGCUGAUAUGUGUAUCAAUCCCUAUACGUUUACCUAUAAUGCUUUAUGCAGAAUCUGUAGCCCUCUAUUCGUGUAUAACAUUAAAAUAUUGCCCAUAUCCUCACACUAUCAUAGGCCUUUUAUACUAUUACAUUCCUUUAGUCUACAGCUCCUUAAAAGAAAUCUUAGAUAUGGUAAAAAUUAUUUUUAUGGCUCCAAGAACUAUCAUCCAAGACAUUUUACUUCAAGAAGAAUCACUACAAACAGUUACUUUAUGUGGUCGCAAAGCUGUAGCCUGGAGCGAUCCUGUUAAAAUGGAUUUAGUCAAAACAACAGCCAGAAAAUUAGGUGUGUCCGAAACAGAAGUGGCUUUGUCAGCCUGCGCCAUGGGAAUUUCAAAAUAUUUCGUACAAAUUAACGACACCAUACCCAGUGAAUUGCCUAUAACAAUGAGAAACAUCAACUCCCAAUAUCUUUUUGCUACAGGAGCAAAUAUCCGUCCAGCAGAUUCAGUUAGCGGAAUAAUAUGCCUUAAUUUACCUAUAGUAGAUCCACAAUCGGACAAAACUCAAUUAGACAACUUGAAAGAGUUAGAAGUUAAAUUUAGGACUACAAUAGAGCGUCAAGGAUUGUCACAUCUUUUGACUCUAUUACAAACCAAGUUUGGAAUUUGUACUAAAUUUUUACCUUCGAUGCUUUUAAGCGUUUAUUUGAAGUUUUUGUCUAGGAAAUACGCUGUUACAGUGACAGAGGUUUCAAAUAGGUAUCCAAACGUUACUCAGAGGACUUUGUGGGGCCAGGAAGUUGUCAGUGCUAUUUAUUGGAGACCACCACAAGCAAAUACUAGCAUUUCCCUUUGUAUUAACGAGUAUGCAGACCAUAUUAGAUUAGGAGUCAUGUGCGAUGCUCAGCUAGUGCCGCACCAUCCGGUUUUGGUUCGAGGAUUCCCGGAGUUUGUUAAGGAUUUGGCCGAGACAGUUGCUACAGCUUCUUGUUAAUUUAAUUUUGACUUGUUUUGUGUAUACUUAAAUAAAUUAGGGAAUCUCGAAAUUGUGAAUUGGUUUUAUUGCGUGUCCACUUGUCCAUUUGGCAACUGAAUUUAAACUAUAGGGCGAAUCAUGAAUAAUUAUUUUG